AUGAAACAAAUUUUGGCUUCGGCUGAGAGGGUUGUCCCGGAGUACCAGUUCGUUUGGAAUAAUUAUGUACCCAAAAAAGUUGGGAUCGUCCCUUGGCGAGCACUUAUGGAGCGGCUUCCAACAAGGAUUGCUUUGGCAGCAAGGAAUGUGGACAUCGGUGACAUAAGAUGUGUUCUUUGUGGCGACUAUGAUGAGUCCAGUGAACACCUGUUCGUAUCUUGCCAGUUCGCUCAAUCGGUUUGGCUAGUUAUGGCGCAAUGGUGUAAAUCUCCUCCUGUGAUUGCCUUCAGCCUUAGAGAUGUUCUGGAUGCUCACAAGUUUGUUCCAGGUAGUAAAAAGAAAAAGAAAGUGUUUGGUGCCAUCUCUCAGGUCGUUAUUUGGAGUUUAUGGAAGAUGAGAAAUGAUGUAUUAUUUGGGCAAGCUAUUCCGAGUGUGUCGAAGGUCGUGGAAGAAUCCAAAUCGAUGUCAUAUCACUGGGUUAAGAAUCGGUCGAAAUCCUCUCAUUGGUCUUGGAGUGAGUGGUGCAAUUUUAACGUAGAAUUGUAG